CGUUUUGCUUAUUUGAAUUUUAUACAAAUUUAAUGAGAAUUUAGAAAUAGUAUGGCAACGAAAAAUUUAUCGAAAUGUGUUAACAGAACAGCUGACCUUUGACGAUAGAGUAUUUCUUUAACAUAUGCUCGUAUUUACAAUUGGAAAUAUAAAUAUAUUACAUUGACUUCUGUUGGGUGUAUUAUUACAAAAAUAGCAGAAGUGGCACAAGCAAUUUAAACUAUGUUUACUUUUUAUAAAUAAUUGUAUAUAGUCAAAAAAGAUAAAUAAUCCACGAAAGAUGAACGACACGGCUUUUAAAAAAUAAAACAACUGCUGCAUAUUCAAAGCGUUCAAAUCGUUUAGAUCUAAACAUUUUUUUUUUUUACAAUGGCAAAUGUUAAUGUCAAUCAUGGUCAUAAUAGCAAUGAUAUCAAAGUAACAAAUUCAGCACAUGAUAUAAUCAAGCCUAUUGCAGAAAGAACUUCCAGGGAAUGGCAGGGAGAAGAUGUUGUAAAAUGGGCUGAAAAUCAAGGACUGGACUGCAAUGUUAUAACUUGCUUAGCAGCGGAACAUAUUGAUGGUAGUGACUUGCUCGAAUUGACUGAAAAUGAUAUUCGAGAUUUUCGUUAUCAUCUACAAUAUAAUCUAACUAUGAGUGAUAUGAAAAAACUUUGGGUCGCUGUACGAAAACUUCAAAAUACAAAUUCCUCAGCCUCGCAUAAUUUUCUGCAAAGAAACACAUUAGGGUCAUCUGAUUGUUCCCAGUUUAAUCGGCAUUGUAUACAUCAGUCAUGCGGGUCACCCUCCUGCUGCAAUUUGAAUGUUUGCAAUUGCCAUAUUGAACGAAAUGGUGUUGGUUAUUAUUCGGAUGUAUGUUCUCCGCCGAAUCCUCCAACUUUAAAUGGUAGUGUUGAAGAUGAUAACAUGUCUCCCCCCAUGUCCGUCGAUGGACGAGCCACGAAUAUACCUCCGGAGUUAUUUAAAACAGCAAUUAGUUUAGGUUACUCAUUUCUUGUCACAUGGAUAACGUCCUUUGUAAUGGUCAUAGUUCACGAGCGGGUACCUGAUAUGAAGCGUUAUCCGCCAUUACCGGAUAUAUUUCUCGACAAUGUUCCACACAUACCAUGGGCAUUCCAUAUGUGUGAAAUAACGGGCACAUUAUUGUUUAUUAUUUGGUGCUGUGUUUGCAUCUUCCACAAAUAUCGCCUUGUACUUUUACGACGUUUCUUCGCACUUGCUGGAACAGUAUUCUUACUUCGAUGCGUCACAAUGUUGAUAACAUCACUAAGUGUACCCGGAACACAUUUGCAAUGUAAUCAAAAUGAUUACGCCGUUGAUGAUACUGAUCUGUCUAUAACCGAAGCUCUGCAGUUACGGAUUUCCCGAGCCUAUACAAUUUGGAGUGGGCUUGGUAUGUCUAUACAAGGUGUUCGUACGUGCGGUGACUACAUGUUUAGUGGACACACAGUGGCCCUGACUCUUUUAAAUUUUUUCAUUACCGAAUAUACACCUCGAAACUUGUAUUUUUUGCAUACUAUGACCUGGCUUUUAAAUAUGUUCGGCAUAUUUUUCAUUCUUGCUGCACACGAGCACUAUUCAAUCGACGUGUUUGUUGCUUUUUAUAUUACAUCUCGUCUAUUUCUUUAUUACCACACGUUGGCCAAUAAUCAGGCUCUGAUGUCGCACGAUUCAACACGAACACGCAUUUGGUUUCCAAUGUUUAGUUACUUUGAGAAUUCUAUUGAUGGAAUCGUGCCUAACGAAUUUGACAGCAUUGGAGAUCUCUUAGAUUGUCUCUGCCAGCUUGUUUUGAGUUUUAAAGACACUUGUAUGUUAACAGCUCGUCGUAUUUGGAUAGAAGUCCCGCCAAUUUCAUCUAGCGAAAAUUUACCUUCACUUUCGAACGCACCGGAUUCAUUAAAACUUUUAAACAAACCAUCGCAAACACGAGAUGGCUUUGGAACAACGAUAUCGGCCAAUGUAUCCAACACUCUGACCCCAUCACAGCCUAUUUUUGACGUGAGCAAGAAAAUGACGCAUGGAAUUUUUAAAUCAUUCGAACCAACUUCUGACACUCCUAUAACAAAAUUAUCAGCUUCAAGCAAUAACAUUCAGGGGGAUAAGAAACAUCAGUAGCAGUAACAAACAAUCUCAACCAUGCACAAAUUGGCAUUUAUGGUAUUUCAAAAGUAUUUCCAGCGAUAAUACAUUAAAAUAAGUUCUUAAGUCAUUGCAAACCCUAUAUUUAGUUAUGCAAAUAUAUAUACAAUUGCGUACGUACAAAGCUUGUAUAAAUAUGAAGUCCAAUUUUUCAGUGGUCAGUGGUAAAGUUAAGGUCGCUUAACCGUCAUCAGAUUAAAGACAUCGACAUGGAAUCUUUAUUAAAUUUAUUUGGACAAUAUAACGAUUUGAAUCUACUUACAUAUGCAUGUCUCUCAGUAUGAAAUUUAUUAAUUAAUCAGUUCUAUUAGUUAGAAUUUCUCCAAUUUUAUGUAAAUUAGGUUAGUUGUUGACCACAAAUCAGUGAAGUAAUUAUAGAGUAUAAUACAAAAUAGCAUUAACAAAAAACAAAAGAAGGGAUGGAAGUAACUGAGAGAUGUAUACUCGCGAUUUGCAAGUAUGAAGGCUGGAAUAUUUUCAGACAAAAUUGUAUAUUAAAGAUAUUCAUAUUCGACGAAUUUCGUUCAAAGUUAUUGCAAAAAUAUUAGGUAUCAUUUUAACUUGCACUAUUAGUCAUAAAUUCAGUUAGUUUCAUGAUGACAUCUUGAUUCAUACCAGGAUCAUAACUUUCCAAGACCGCAUAUACCGAAAACGAAGACCUCAGUGCCUGUGGCUAAUUUUUUUAUCGAACUUAUAGGUACACAGUGUCUGUGGCUAAUUUUUUAGUGAGUGUGCGCAAAGUAACACACCAAAAGUUGUACGUCGAAAAGCGACAUUCACAACAGACCGACGAAGAUUUCGCAAUUCCAUGAUAUAUGCGACACCAUUCUAGAAAAGGGUUUUCUUCGACAAUUUUUUGAGAUUAUGAGGAGAUACCCCCAUUGUACAGUGGUUCCGCCCAUAGGCCAAAAAUCCAAAAAUCCAUCUCACGAUUUUUUGUCAAAAUGUAUACAGAUGUCCUCUAAAUUGUCCUAACUUCCUAUUUGCAAACCGGAUUUUCCUAUCAAUCUAACGGUACUUUCUAAGAAUAGAGUUAAAUGCAAGUACACCUGUUUGUUUUUUAAAGCACAUCAGAAAGUUUUUAAAAAAUUUCGCAGCAACAACGAACUUCUUUUUGUUCUGGUAAUUGUUCAGGUUAACGAAUCAAGAUUAUUUUUAAUGGAUUUUGAAGUUAAAGGUAUUUAUUUUAACUUGUGAAAUUAAUUAAGGCUAACGUGAUUUGUGUUUUUAGUGAAAUAAGUGUUUUAUAUCACUUAUUCCUUUUGUACCUUUUUUUGCGCGACUUCAAUUUGUUUACAUAAAGUUUUAAUUGUGUUCCCCGACGAUCCCCCUUUAAUUGUAUUUAUAUAUAGUAUUUAGCAGAGUCUUAAGGUAAUAAAAGUGUUAAAGUUGCGGAUUUAUUUGCAAUCGUUAAAAAAAUAAUACCCUAUGAAUUAACUAUUUUUAAGUUCAAACUCUCAUAAUUGCGCUAAGAAAGCUUGGAAAGAAGGAUAGAUGUGUACGAUUUACUAGAGGGGACAAUAUAAGUUUUUGUUCUAAUUAUAAUGACUGUUGAAUGGCAGUGAAAAAAUGAACUGUAUUAAAUUGGUUGAUAACACUGUCCAACAGCAUUUUUGGAACAGAAUAGCGACCCUAUAAUUCUGAAAGGGUAUGUUGAGUAGAACAUUUUUGUAGAACAAACUUAUGGUCCAGCACGUCUGAGCUUUUUUUUUACAGUGGGUCAAAGUUUUAAUUUUUUGGUCGAAGGGAGUAUUAUACGAUAUGAAAAAAAUGUUGUAAGUUAAUGUCUGAGAGAAUUCUUAUGGUCAGAGUUGUAUUGUGGAAUUGUAUGAGGAUUAUUUUUGUGGAAGAUCUUAACCCUCUAACUGGUUUCUUUAUGGGUCAAUUUUACCCUUUUUUCGAGAAAAUCAAAAAAUAUCCUUUAAAAAAGGACAUUUAAGGAUUAAAAUAUUAUACGAAAAUGUUUGGCGGAAAAUUUCAGUGGGGGUCACCAAAGACAUAGAAAGUACAUAUUUAUUUUUUUGCUUCAGCAGUAGUAGGAAUAUGGUCGUCUGUAGUACUAGAUUCCAGCAUAAGAAAAUCCAUCAAGCUACUUGGCUGUCCCUGGAUCGAAUCACUCGCAACCAGAUCGAUCAUGUUGUGAUAGAUGGACGACAUGUCUCCAGUGUCUUUGAUGUGCGUACGCUUCGUGGUCCCAACAUCGACUCGGACCACUAUCUUGUAGCAGCUAAGAUACGCACCUCUGUGUAGAAAAGCGCACACGUCAACAAACACAAGGAAGGUUCGACAUCGAGAAGCUGCAAUCACAACCGACAGCCGAACGAUUUUCUACUCGACUUGCACUCCUGCUCUCUGAGAGCACUCAUCAGCAUCUCGGUAUAAGGGAGCUGUGGGACGGCAUAUCAAACUCCUUACGUACAGCUGCAACCGAAACCAUUGGUUUUCGGAAAAGCCAAAAAAACAGCUGGUAUGACGAGGAUUGUCGUCUCGCAGUGGAGAGAAAACAGACUGCCUACCUCGCAAUGUUGCGAUCGACCGCAACACGAGCGGGAUGGGAAAGAUACCGAGAGCUGAAGAGGGAAGCGAGACGCAUUUGCAGACAAAAAAAGAAAGAGGCCGAAAUGCAUGAGUAUGAAGAGCUUGACAAGCCGGCCGACAGGGGUAAUGCUCGAUAAUUUUACGAAAAGAUCCGGCGACUAACUGAAGGUUUCAAGACCGGAGCGCACUCCUGUAGGAACCCCAGAGGUGAUCUAGUUAUUGAUGACCAGAGUAUACUGAGUUUGUGGAGGGAACACUUCUCCAGCCUGCUGAAUGGCAGUGAAAGUACAACACCAGGAGAUGGCGAACUCGAUUCCCCAAUCGACGACGAUGGAGCAGAUGUUCCAUUGCCCGACCGUGAAGAAAUUCGAAUAGCAAUUACCCGCUUGAAGAACAAUAAGGCGGCGGGUGCCGAUGGAUUACCGGCCGAGCUAUUCAAAUACGGCGGCGAAGAGCUGAUAAGGUGCUUGCAUCAGCUUCUUUGCAGAAUAUGGUCGGAAGAAAGCAUGCCUGACGAUUGGAACUCAGUGUACUCUGCCCAAUACACAAAAAGUGAGACCCCACAAUUUGCGCCAAUUACCGUGGGAUAAGCCUCCUCAACAUCGCGUAUAAGGUUCUGUCGAGCGUAUUGUGUGAAAGACUAAAGCCCACCGUCAACAAACUGAUUGGACCUUAUCAGUGUGGCUUUAGACCUGGAAAAUCAACAACAGACCAGAUAUUCACCAUGCGCCAAAUUUUGGAGAAGACCCGUGAAAAUAGGAUCGACACACACCAUCUCUUUGUCGACUUUAAAGCUGCUUUCGACAGCACGAAAAGGAACUGCCUUUGUGCCGCGAUGUCUGAAUUUGGUAUCCCCGCAAAACUAAUACGGCUGUGUAAGCUGACGUUGAGCAACACCAAAAUCUCCGUCAGGAUCGGGAAGGACCUCUCCGAGCCGUUCGAUACCAGACGAGGUUUCAGACAAGGUGACUCACUCUCGUGUGAUUUCUUUAACCUGAUGCUGGAGAAAAUAAUACGAGCUGCAGAGCUAAAUCGAGAAGGUACAAUCUUCUAUAAGAGUGUACAGCUACUGGCGUACGCCGAUGAUAUCGAUAUCAUUGGAAACAACACCCGCGCCGUUAGUUCUGCUUUUUCCAGACUGGAUAAGGAAGCGAAGCGUAUGGGUCUGGUGGUGAACGAGGGCAAGACGAAAUAUCUCCUGUCAUCAAACAAACAGUCAGCGCAUUCGCGUCUUGGCUCCCACGUCACUGUUGACAGUCAUAACUUUGAAGUUGUAGAUAAUUUCGUCUACUUGGGAACCAGCAUUAACACCAAUAACAAUGUCAGCCUGGAAAUCCAACGCAGAAUCACUCUUGCCAACAGGUGCUACUAUGGACUAAGUAGGCAAUUGAAAAGUAAAGUCCUCUCUCGACGAACAAAAACCAAACUCUACAAGUCUCUCAUCAUUCCCGUCCUACUUUACGGUGCAGAAGCGUGGACGAUGUCAACAUCCGAUGAGACGGCACUAGGAGUUUUCGAGAGAAAGGUUUUGCGGAAGAUUUAUGGUCUCUUAAGAAUUGGCAACGGCGAAUACCGCAGACGAUGGAACGAUGAGCUGUAUGUGUUAUUCGACGACAUAGACAUAGUCCAGCGAAUAAAAAAACAGCGGCUACGCUGGUUAGGUCAUGUUGUCCGAAUGGAUGAAAGUGCUCCAGCUCUGAAAGUAUUCGAUGCAGUACCCGCUGGUGGAAGCAGAGGAAGAGGACGACCUCCACUCCGGAAAGACCAAGUGCAAAGUGACCUGGCUUCACUUGGUGUUUCCAGUUGGCGCCAAACUGCCAGAAGGAGGGAUGCGUGGCGCGCUGUUUUGGACUCCCCUAUAACCGCGUAAGCGUUGUCUACGCCAGUCAAGAAGAAGAAGAAGUAGUAGGACAAUGGAUUAAAGAUUAAACUUAAUAUGCUUUCCUGUAUUUAGCUUGACGUGAAUGUUCCGAUGUGUCAAGGUUUCUGUACAAGCCCCAUACGUAUUCAGCAAGCAUUACAGUUUGGGAUUUCCCUUUGAAUCUUUCUUCCAAUACCUUUAUAUCCUGAUGAAACCUU